UGCAGCACCCAAACAAGCGGAUGUGGCGUUCGCCAGUUUGUUUAGCUAGCCGCAAAACCGAGUCGGUUGCAAGUUGUAUUAUUAUUAGUCAUUAUUAUUAUCAUCGAUCGACGGUCGAUUUAUGGGGACAAGCGAUGCGGGGCAACGGAUCGAACGUUAACGCGUCGAAUCACCGUUAACCGGAGCUCAGCUGGCGUCGUCGAGGCCAAAGAGGCUGUUAACAUCUCCGUCCAGCGUCAGUCGGUUAACGUGGAUGUUUCUCAGCGAGCGGAACUGGUUCCACAUACGAGGACGUGCGUGUGUGUGUGUGUGUUUUAUCCGACAUCUGUUCCCAACGGGCAGCCACAGGUUGAGUCAUGCUGUUUACCGGGACGAGCCGUUAACACGGGCACCGGGUCGAGAAGUGGUUACAGGUGCGGCUUGGUUUGUUUGAUGCUGUAGACAAAUUUAACGGAACAUAAAAGUGCCGUCAUGGACGACUUCAGCUCGAUCAGCCUGCUGUCUCUCGCGAUGCUGGUGGGGUGUUACGUGGCCGGGACGAUACCUUUAGCGGUCAACUUUUCAGAGGAAAAGCUGAAGCUGAUCACGGUGCUGGGGGCCGGGCUGCUGUGUGGCACUGCCCUGGCUGUGAUCAUCCCUGAGGGCGUCCACGCUCUUUAUGAAGACAUACUUGAAGGUGCGCACCACAACCACGGCCAGAUCGGAGCCGUGGAAGUGUCGGAGCCGAAGGGGGAAGUGGACACGGCCCUGAGUGGCGUCGGGAAGCACGAGCACAGUCACGAGCAGCUCCACGCCUGCAUCGGAGUGUCUCUGGUUCUGGGCUUCGUGUUCAUGCUGCUGGUGGACCAGAUCGGCAGUUCUCAUGUGCACAGCACAGAGGUUUUGGAUCCAGAGUCAGCCAGAGUCACCUCUAAAAUCACAACCACCCUGGGUCUGGUGGUCCACGCUGCAGCUGACGGAGUGGCUCUGGGAGCUGCUGCCUCCACCUCGCAGACCAGCGUUCAGCUCAUUGUCUUUGUAGCCAUCAUGCUGCACAAGGCCCCCGCGGCGUUCGGCCUGGUGUCGUUCCUGAUGCAUGCUGGUCUAGAGAGGAACCGGAUCCGCAAACAUCUCCUGGUCUUUGCCCUGGCGGCGCCCGUCCUUGCCAUGCUGACCUUUUUAGGCCUCAGCCAGAAUAGCAAGGAGGCCCUGUCAGACUUCAAUGCCACCGGCGUCGCCAUGCUCUUCUCCGCUGGCACCUUCCUCUACGUGGCCACCGUCCAUGUCCUCCCCGAGGUCGGGGGCGGCGGCCACAGCCACGCCCCCCCGGGAGGGAACGGAGGGAAAGGACUGAGCAAGGUGGAGGUGGGAGCGCUGGUGCUGGGCUGCCUCAUUCCUCUGGUGCUCUCCGUCGGUCACCACCAUUAGACCCAGACCGGCAGGAUGGAUUUAAGACGGGUG